AUGACGAAUGCAAAAAGCUACAGGUUCGGCAUCGUCGACUGGAUGGUAUUCCUGGGCAUGACUGUGCUUUCCACAGCCGUUGGCAUUUAUUUCGCCAUCAUCAAGAAAAGUAAGCCGAAGCAAGAGGAACCGAAACCCACAGUGAAACAUGAUUUUGGUUCGGAAAAGAUGAGCGAGUAUCUACUUGGAUCACGGAAUCUUAAAGUACUACCCGUGGCCAUGAGUCUGGUAGCCAGCUAUAUAUCGGGUGUUACGAUACUGGGGACCCCAUCAGAAGUCUACUAUUAUGGCACGCAGUAUUGGUUUAUAACCAUCGCAAUUCUUUUGCAUGGUUUUGCAGUCGUCUAUAUCUAUUUACCGGUGUUUUGUGCUCUACGAGUCGGCUCUUCCUAUGAGUACCUGGGGAUGCGUUUCCAUUCGGCUAUACGAAGUAUAGCAGCUUUUAUGUUCGUUUUGGAUGAGAUCCUAUUUUUGCCAUUCGUUGUCUAUGUGCCAUCUUUGGCACUAGAUCAGGUAUCAGGCAUAAAUCUGCAUUACAUAUCGGUGGUGAUUGUAGUUGUUUGUGUUCUCUAUACUUUACUGGGCGGCAUCAAGGCUGUGGUCCAUACAGAUGCCUGGCAGAUACUGGUCAUGUUCCUCUCCGUUCUGGCUGUGGCUAUAUUGGCAACCUAUUAUUGCAAAGAUUGGGAUGGCCUGGAAAGUCGUAUAAUUUUCACCAACAUAAGUCCCUCGCCGUAUGUGCGUCACACUGUCUGGUGCGUGCUCAUUGGAGGCUUCUUCUAUUGGACCUCCUUCAAUGCGGUGAAUCAGACAAUGGUGCAGCGCUACAUGUCACUGCCUUCACUGAAAAAAGCUCGAAUGGCGAUGGCCAUAUUUACCAUCGGAGUAGCUUGCUUUCUCCUUAUACUCUGCUAUAUGGGUUUGAUAAUCUUUGGGAAGUACAAAGACUGUGAUCCAAAGAUUUCUGGUUUGAUUGAGCACGACGAUCAACUGUUGCCCCUCUUUGUGGUCCAGACAAUGGGUCACAUCUAUGGAAUACCAGGACUUUUUAUAGCUGGUAUUUUUGGAGCUGCUUUGAGUUCCCUUUCGGUGAUGCUGAACUGCACUUCCCUGGUCGUCCUAGAGGACAUUGUACGAGGCUGCUUCAAGAUGGAGCCCAGCGAAAGGGUUUCCACUAUAUUGGUCAAAUCUACGAUCAUUGUCCUAGGUUUUGUGGCAGUUUCCUUGGUGUUUGUCCUCGAAAAAUUGAGUGGAAUUCUGGGCAUUGCCAUCUCGAUAACGGCCAUUGCAUCGGGCGCAACCUUCGGGCUUUUUAGCCUUGGGAUGUUAGUUCCCUGGGCAAAUACAGUGGGCACUGCUGUUGGGGGGAUAGCCAGUGCUCUGAUCUCGGGAUGGAUAACAUUUGGCACACAGUUUACCAUCGCAGCGGGAAAACUUGGUUCCCAGGCGCUGCCCGUCUUCGUGGAGGGGUGUGAGGGUAAUGUCACGAUGCCACAGACAACUUCGGUGGAUCAGGAGCAAGUGCUUCCCCUCUAUCGGCUAUCCUUUCACUGGGUAAAUCCCAUUGGUGUGGCCACAGCUAUAGUGGUGGGUGCUCUCGUCUCCCUGGUCACCAAACCAACUGAUAUGAAGACUCUAGAUCCGGAUCUGAUAUCACCAGUGAUUCAUAGAUUUCUACCCAAAGAGUGCUUUGAAGGUCGCAAUCUCCCUCAGAAGUCGGAAAGAAAAACUAUUCCGAAAUCCUAAACUAAAACUAAAAUUUACGACAUUGCAUCCAAACAAUUUUGU